UGUUCUCAUUCAAAAUUCCCUUUCUAUCUAAGUCCAUUGUGAUGUGAAGUGACUGUGGAAAGUGCAAUUAAAACAAUAAGUACAUGAACCAUGCCUACCACCUGUGUUUUUCAAUUGGAUCGCCUGAAUCCUACAUACAAUAGUGGCGAGUACAUAAGCGGACGCAUUUUACUGCGUACUGAUAAAGUGAAACGUGUCAAUGCUGUCUAUGUAACCCUCGAGGGGGAAGCCAAGGUCCAGUGGUCUAUGAGUGGCAAAAGCGAUACCUCCAACUAUUCGGGCCAUCAGCAGUAUCUGCACAACCGCACCAAUGUAUUCGACAAUUCUCUCUUCCGUGCAGGUGUGCAUGUGUAUGUGAUAAUGGUUCGCAUACCACCUUCUUGUCCCAGCACCUGCAAGGGACCAUAUGGCUUUGUGGCCUAUAAUAUAUCGCUAACAAUCGAGAAACCUUGGGGCUUCAAUGAGGUCUUUCGCAAGUCCAUCAAUGUGGUUCAAACGCUGGAUCUCAAUUACAACGCUGAGUUUGCGCUGCCUGUUAAGGAUGAAAAUAUUAAGUACCUGUGCCAUUGGCCAUGCAUCUCUGGUCCCAUAGCCUCAAGCCUGGCCCUACCUGCGUCUGGAUUUACACCACUGCAAGAUGUCCCCUUCAGCGUGGAGAUUGACAAUCAGUCUCCUCACUAUGAUAUCAUUGCUCUAGAGGUGUCCAUCAAGCAGCAUUUUGUGUUUCUAUCGCGCAAGCCCGUCAAGCGCAAUUUCUACACAAAAACGCUGAGCAAAGAGAUUAUUACUGAGCGCACUCUAAGACUAACCAAGCGAUUGUACGAGUCGACCAUCUGUGUGCCCAUGGACACGCCUCGCUCUACGCUCAAUCCCAACUACAUUGUCUUCGUGCAUUAUACGUUGCAGGUGAAGCUCAAGACUGGCUGCUUUCACUAUGAUACGGAACUUUCAGUGCCCAUUGUGAUAGGCACCACGCCUUUGCAACACCUGCGAACUACAGUGCGCACACAACAGCCGACCAGACGUACACCUACGCCGGAGAGGCAACGCUUGAUUGAACGCGUCCAACCAAGGCCGGAAACGCUGACAGAAGAGACAGCACAGGAAACAGAUGCUGCCGUCAGUGAUGUGCGUCAGGUGCAAGAGGAUGAUGAGCCGCCCACGUACGAUAGCUGUCUUCCGCCUUCGUUUAGUUUUGCUACUUUGGGGGGCAGUCAGCUGACUCUGGAGAGUCAGCCUUCGGGACAACAACGCAUACAAAUGCCAAAGUUCCCCGGGUUCAGUACUCUGAUUGGGACAGCGCAAGCUCAUGGCCUAGAUCUGGAGGACUCUGGACUGGACGUUCACCACUAUCACUCCUAUGGCUCAUUAGACACUGAUCAUACAGGGCGCAGCUUGGAUACAUUUGGUUCGCUCUGCGGUCCUCUCUCCGAGCAAGGUGAAUGCGAAGCUGAUGUCGAGCCGGGGGAACAGUUGGCUGUGUUGGACGUGACAGCUCAGGUGCAUCAGUUAGCGCCACUACAAGCCCAGGACGAGCAUCAAUUCUAAUUUCCAAGUGUCU